GCUUCAGAAGAUAAUGGACCUCAGCAUACAGGUGCAUGGUGAAUUGAACAGUCUCUAUGACAUGGUGUUCGCCUUCAUCGAGUGCGGCAAAGUGCAUCAGGCACGGAAGCUGGUUGAGACACCAGGACUACGUGCAUUCAAUGGCAAGUUGGAUCAGAAGUGCAGAUGGCUGAGGGAUGCCGGCAAGGUUGAGGAAUUAGCCAAUCUUGUUUCUGUGACCAAGGAAAUAUUUGAUGUUGACCGCAACAUGAUGUACUCCCAUCUUCUCCAGGCAUAUGGUAAGAAAUGUUCGUUAAUGUACUAUACAGUCAAGCCUUAACAUUCAUGGAGGGUUGAUA